AUCAUCUGAUCACUGAAGUUCGAGCUUUUGUUGUACUUUUAUAACUGCUAAAGAGUUUGAGUCUUUUUAGGUCAAUGCGUUAUUGCUCUGGAAAGCUUCAUUGGAACUUACGGGACGAAAAGGUUCCUGCAAGAUUACUUUGAAGACCUCAGUGUAUAAUUUAUAUAUGAAGAUCUUUGAAGAUCCUUGGAAGAAGUGCUUCAAGUGGAAGUCUCAUGAGUGAAAACAGAUGUAAUUAUGGAAAAGCAAUGGAAUCAGGUUGUGAAAGCUGCAACAAAUUGGACAAAAAAAUGGUGGAUGAUUGGAACGAUGAAAUUGGAUCAUUAACAGAUGAUAAUGUCACAGCUGAAGGAACUAAUGAUCAGCGUAAAGAUGUUACAACUGAUGGUCCGCUAAAACAGACUAAUUCUGUAAACCAGGAGGUAGCUAAAGAUGGUAAAAAAACUCAUCCAAAACUGCAGCACCAUUUAAGUUGGCAGAAUGCUCUAAAAAAAGCAAAAAGUUUGCCAGAUCCAUGGGAAAAGUUUCACAUUGAUGAUUCCUGUCCUACAGAAGUUGCUAUAAGACAUCGGUAUAAUGCAUUGAAAAAGAACUGGGUACAGGAUGAAGUGAGAGUCAAAAUGGAGUCAUUGCCAUUUGAUCAAGGAGCAAUGAGGGAGUGUUUCAGAUUGAAGAAGUUAUCAAAUUUCUCAAAACACAUGAAUUGGAAGCAUGCAGCAAACUAUGUAUGCAAACAGUACAUUGAUGCAGUUAGCAGAGUUGUCUAUUUUGAUGAUGUGAGACUCCAAAUGGAUGCUAAGCUCUGGGGAGAAGAGUAUAAUAGAUACAACCCACCAAAAAAGGUGGAUAUCUUCCAGGUUUGUGUUAUUGAAAUGAAGGACAGAGAAGGGUCACCAUUGUUUCACUUGGAGCAUUUUAUUGAAGGAAAAUAUAUUAAGUACAACUCAAACUCUGGCUAUGUGUUGUGGGAUGAAACUCUCCGCUGUUCUCCUCAGGCAUUUAGCCAUUUUACAUUUGAGAGGUCUGGUCAUCAGUUAAUUGUGGUUGAUAUUCAAGGUGUUGGUGACCUGUACACAGACCCACAGAUUCAUACAGCAGAUGGAAAGGAUUAUGGUGAUGCCAAUUUGGGUCCAAGGGGAAUGGCACUUUUUUUCAGUUCUCAUAAAUGUAACAAAAUCUGUGAGAGCCUUGGACUUUCUCCAUUUGACCUCAGUGAAAAAGAAAUGGAUCGAAUUGAUGCCGUUCUGAAAAACAUUCAGGAUUCCAGCACAAUCCUCAGAAACAGUGAGGACUGUACCUCUCCUGGUCACCGAAAACUCUCCUCUGCUAUAUUUGAUAUGACUGAAUACCUUGCCCAGUCUCCUCCUCCUUCACCUGCCAACUCUGAACCAGACUCCCCUCGUUCAUCUUUGUCAUCUUUCAAUGAAUUGUCAAAAUAUUCACGACAGAUUUCUGACCCAGAGUCAUCUGAGACUGAAAGUGAUCAAAGUGACAUUUUCACUGAAAAUGAGGAUGAAGAGAUCAAGAAGUCAUUUGCAAAUAACAUGGUACAUAAAGCAUCAAGUGUGUUUGCUGAAGUUGAACUGCUUGAAAAAGUACGCAUGGAGGAGCAGAGAAAGCAUAAGAGUGUUUCCAUUCUUGGACAGGUUCACCUUGAGCUCGCUAAAUACAAUGAUGUGGGUCGUUUUACUAACCAUGAGCCGCAGAUGGAUUGUGCCAUGUUUCAUCUGGAGCAGGCUGCAGCUUGUUCUGUUUUACCGGCUAUAGUUACAAUGGCUGAGAUAUAUUUACAACUGCCCCAUGACAUAUUGGCCUCAGCGAGUGUUCAGGCGUCUGACGAGGCAGCAAACUGGGGGGUGGAGUACAUGUUGCAGGCAGCUGUUUUAGGGGACAGGCAGGCCAUGGUUUACAUGGCCAAGGCAUAUGAAUCUGGGUCAGGAUUGGGCUUUCAAAGGGAACGUUCCUGGGUGGAAGCCGCUAAGUGGUAUCAAAAUGCCAUCGAUGUUGUGUACGAAGACGAUGAUCCCCAGAACACCCUCUUUACAGACCCAAACUACGUGUUGUGCGCUAAGCAAGCUAACCUGUAUCAACAAGGAGGUUAUGGACUUGAUAAACAGCCUCAAGUAGCGGGUGAGCUGUACUCGGCAGGUGGUGAUUUCGCACUUGCUGCCAUGAAGGGAAAACUGGCCAACAAGUACUAUGCACUGGCUGAAGAAGCCUGGGCCGAGCUCGACGAAUAAGUAGUUUGCUGUGGAAGCCUGGAAACUGACACUCUUUGCUGUUUAUAAUUUAUAUUCCUCAUCAAAUUAGGCUUGAUAGUUACAGUUUAACUAACGAGAGCCAGAAGCUUUGAUAGAAAUAUUAAGUUUAUUUGAAAAUGUAGCAACCAAUACGUGGCUUGCAAAAGUGGACAUGUAGUGUUAUCACUAAGAACCUUACAGCAACAUGUGACAAUUUUCGUUUUACAACUUAGCCUUACCGUCAUCUUUCUUGUGGAGACAGAUUCCAUUAAUAUAUUUUCCAUAUUGAUGACAUACUACUGAGAUCCAACUUUGGCUGAGUAAAUGUUAAUGGUACAGUGAUCUCUACAGUGUGACUCAUCAGUAUGACAUCCCUGACGCCUCUCUAAUGACACGAGAAAGCACUUACUAGUCUACAUACCAGCUACUUAUAAUACAUGUGUGCAACAUAUUAGUUUGUAAAGAAUCUGUUGUGCUGCGCAGAGGCAGAGGGCGAAAUAAAAUCCUUUUAUGUUGAUGA